GCCCCAAUUCGGCACCCUUGGGGUGGCAUGAACGGAGGCGCGUGCUUCCACAAGCGCAGGAGCUCUCCCCCUGGCGCUUGCGCAAGCCGAGACCACUGUCCAGCCAAAGUUGUCCCACGGUGAAAUCGCGCUGUGGCAGCUGGACUGCUGUUGAAACCAG